AGGAGUGAGGAUAAAUAGGAGGCUCCCUCCUCUCCCGACAGUCACAGAGCCGGCCGGCCUUCCUCCCUGGGUGUUUCCUUGCCCUGUAGCCAGGGUGCCAGCCAGAGGAGUAGUUUCGUUUCCUCCUGCUUCCAGGAUUAGUUUCCAAGCACCCUCUUGGGCGCCCGGGUCCUGGGAAGGGGGCGAAGAAGGAGGAGGGAGACUCGUCUAGGGGCUGCCCGGCCCCGCAGAGCGGGGUUGAUGGACCGGGCCGCCCCGGGCAGCGGCGCCAGCUCCCUGCCACUGCUCCUGGCCCUUACCCUGGGCCUAGUAAUCCUACACUGUGUGGUGGCUGAUGGAAAUUCAACCAGAAGUCCUGAAACGAAUGGCCCUCUCUGUGGAGACCGUGGGGAAAACUGCGCAGCUACCACCACACAGUCGAGGCGGAAAGGCCACUUCUCUCGGUGCCCCAAGCAGUACAAGCAUUACUGCAUCAAAGGGAGAUGCCGCUUCGUGGUGGCCGAGCAAACACCCUCCUGCGUCUGUGACGAAGGCUAUGCUGGGGCAAGGUGUGAGAGAGUUGACUUGUUUUACCUGAGAGGAGACAGAGGGCAGAUUUUGGUGAUUUGUUUGAUAGCAGUUAUGGUCAUUUUUAUCAUUUUGGUCAUUGGUGUCUGCACAUGCUGUCAUCCUCUUCGGAAACAUCGUAAAAGGAAGAAGAAGGAAGAAGAAAUGGAAGCUCUGGGUAAAGAUAUAACUCCUAUAAAUGAAGACAUUCAAGAGACUAAUAUUGCUUAAGAGCAGACAGCUGGUGGCAAAUUACAAAAAGCCUUACUCCUUUGAAAAUGGGCAGAAUGUGUCUCAGGAAAACAGCUAGUAGAAAUGAAUUUUAAAUACUGUAUUUACUUUUUAUUUGUAUCUUUAGUUUGUGUUGUUUAUUAUUGUUUUUUCUCCUUUUAAAAGUUUUUAUUUUAUUUUGUAGGAAUUGGAAUUUCUUUUAGAUGUGUACUACUAUAUAUCACUCCUAUGCACACAUUAAAAGGAAAUAUGUGUGAAAUAGACUGGUUAUGGCAUUCCUAAAACUUCUCAUUCAGAAUUUGACUCUUCUAAAAGUCCAAACUUCAAAAUUCAGAAUUUUUAUUGAUGCACUGUCAUUUAUAUUCAACUUUCCCCAUGCAAUGUUGUUCUUUGUGCCAUUAAUAUUGAUGAUAAUGCAGCAUUUUUUAAUCUCUCAGUUGGCAUUUUAUUAAAUACAAAGAACCCAAUCAAUAAAUGGGCUAAGGAACUGGGCAGACACUUCACAGAAGAAGAUAUACAGGUGAUCAACAAAUAUAUGAAAAGAGCUCAUCAUCUCUAGUAAUUAGAGAAAUGCA